GUCGUUAUCAUAAGAAUGAGUCAGAUUCGCUGAAGCUGAAAUUGACUAUACGCCAUAAUUUCGUUAUUUGGUUAUUUCCGUUGUUAUUCAUUCGCUAAUUUCAAUAACUUGUUGCUUUUCGACUCGUCGAACAAAUUCCAUUGUGUCGUUCGUAUUCAAAAAACGUAUCAAAUAUUGAUGUGAAUCGGUCUAAUGUUCGACAGCAUGUCGGAGUUUUUAUCGAUACCGCCUAAAAAACCAACCGAUGUCGAUCUAGUUAAACCGUUGAAGAAUAUAAUUUCAUCGCAUUACAGCACAUCUGAUAAUCCUGAUUCAUAUAAUAAUGCCAUCGAAGAAUUCAAUAAAUUGAGAAGCCAGGCGAUAUGGAAAGUAUACGAAAAAUAUGAGAGUUCCCUGGAGGUGGCAUAUUGUUAUUACGAUGAAUUAGUUUCAUUGGAAACGAAAUUAUCCGGAAGUAGUCCGCAGAUUGCGUUCAAAUGGAAAGAUGCAUUCGAUAAAGGUUCAUUGUUCACCGGACGAGCUAGUUUGACAUUGACUUCAUUCAAAUACGAAUGUAUAUGCGUGUUAUUUAACAUUGGAGCUUUGCAAAGCUCUGUUGCUGCUACUCAGAGUGUUGAAUCAGACGAUGGGUUGAAGUUGGCUGCUAAAUUAUUCCAGUUGGCUGCCGGUAUUUAUAAACAUAUUAAAGAAACUGUCCAAGAAUCGUUCCAGCAAGAUUUGACUCCCGAUUUAAAUACAGAAACUUUAUCAGUUCUAACGUAUUUAAUGCUCGCUCAAGCUCAAGAAAUCUUCGCCUUGAAAGCCAUUCAUGAUCAAAUGAAAGAUGCUGUAAUUGCGAAAUUAUGCGCUCAGUGUGAAGAAUACUACACAGACACUGCUAGAUUAAUGCAAAAGGACUUCGUCAGACCUUUAGUUGGCGCUUCGUGGAUAUCUUUAGUUGUCGGUAAAUGCCACAUAUUCCGAGGAUUAGCUGAAUAUUUCCAAUCUCUGGUAUGCAAAUCGAAGAAAGAAGUAGGCGAAGAAAUUGCUCGAUUACAAGCAUCCAUCGAUAUGAUAAAAUCGGGACAGCAACAAUCGGCCAAGAAUUUAUUCCAAGAUUACCUCAAUAAAGCUCAGCGUGCUUUAGCCGAGGCUCAGAAAGAUAACGAUUUCAUCUAUCACGAAAGAAUACCAGAUUUGAAAGCCCUGGAUCCAAUACCCCGAGCAGCUAUAGCUAAACCUACGACAAUGCCGCAACGUUUAUCUGCCAACUUCACAGAUUUAUUCUCCGAUUUGACACCUGUUGUGAUUCAUCAAGCUUUAGCAGCUUACGAUGUUCGAAGAACCGAAUUAAUGAACAGCGAAGUUAAUAAAUUGAGAGAAUCUACGCAGCUUUUGAAUAGUGUACUAGCAUCGUUGAAUUUACCUGCUGCGUUGGAAGAUACUAAUGGCGUCGUUGUUCCUCCUUCGGUUAUCGAAAAAUCUGAAAUCGUGAUGAGGGAAGGAGGUGUGCAACAAAUCGAACAAAUGAUCCGAGAGCUUCCUGAUUUAUUAAGAUGUAAUCAAGAGAUUUUGGACGAGACAGAGAAACAACUGAUCGAAGAGAAACUGGCCGAUGAUACGUUGAGAGCGCAAUUUAGAGAAAAAUGGACGCGUACGGAAUCGGAUAAAUUAACAGGGUCAAUUAAGAGUAAUUUAGACAGUUACAAGCAGAUGAUACAAACCGCACAGAAUGCUGAUAGCGUCGUUAGAGAAAAAUUCGAACAACAUAAAAGAGCAAUUAAACUGCUGGCUGCUGGAAGGGCGGAAAUCGAACGUAAUAUUCCAGCGGGUUCUACGACCGGUGGUAGUAGUAUCAGUUACAGUAGUUCGGCUAUUUCCAGUUUGAAACGUUUAAUGGAAGAGGUAGAAACAAUAAAAGCUGAACGCGAUGCCAUCGAAUCUGAACUUAAAUCAGCAACCGUCGACAUGAAAUCAACAUUUUUACAAGCGUUAGCUCACGACGGAGCCAUCAACGAAGCCGAACUAUCCAAAGAAAGUCUCAAUCAAACAUACGCCGCUUUGCAGAAACAAGUCAAAGAGAGCAUCGAUAAACAAGAAUCACUCUUAGCUAAUAUUCAAAAUCAAAACACCGAAUUCUGCAAAGAAAAGAGUAACUGUGUCGCCAGCAUCCAUCGUGAAACAUUUUUAAAAGAAUUAGCUGCUGCUUACGACGCUUACGUUGAACUGAAAAAGAAUUUACAAGAAGGAAUUAAUUUCUAUAAAAAUCUUACUCAGCAUCUAGUGACUUUCCAAAACAAAGUGACCGAUUUUUGCUUCGCUCGUAAAACCGAAAAGGAAGAAUUGAUGCGACAAUUGACUCAGGACGCCAGUCGUAUGGCUAAUGCUCCACCAGCUCCUACACCUCCAGCUACCGGCGGAGCUGACGCGAAAAAAGAACCUCCUCCGAGACCACCAGCGCCAAAUGUUGGUAAUGUUAUGGACGGUAGUAAAACCUUACCGUAUCCGGUCUAUCCUCACGGUAUGCCAAUGCCUUACGCAGUCCCUCCUGGAUACGCGUACGCUCCACCGCCAAUGCCUACGACUUAUAAUCCAUAUGCAACUUUACCUCACAUGCAUUCUUAUCCUCCUCCUCCGCAGCAACCGCAAUAUCCGCAGCAACAAUAUAAUACUUUUCCAUACUAUCGUCAGCAAUGAACAUAGGCAUAAUAGUUGUUGAUACUUGUAAUAUUUUAUAGUUAGUGCCUUAAUAAUAUCAACGAAUUUUUCUUCUUUUAUUUAUUUAUUUUUUUUUUACUUAAUUGAGUUUGCAAGUUCGAUCUGUGUGUGUAUUUGUCGAUUUUUCUGGUCUUAUAUAAAUACCAUUUUAUUAUAAAUGAACUGUACGUACUGCUACGCCUAGAAUAUUCUUUACUAUGAAAUUGUCCAAUACCAGCUUUUUACUGUUGUUAAGUUUUAUUUAUACGAAUUUUUUUUUCUAAAUAAUCAUUUUAUAAACGCAAUUUAUUCGAUUUUAAACACAUUUUUAUUUACAGAUGUUA